AUGACAAAGAACAGCAAAUCUGAUGCUGUCUCAUUUGUAUCCCAUCACAGCAGUUUCCAAUCCAUCGUCGGCUCGUUUCCCAGCAUAGUCCUUCUCAAAGAAGAUGUCGAUGGCCUUGCUACUUUCCACGAAGCAUGCAUAUACCAUGCCGCUACCAAAUCCGUCUUUGUAACAUCCAAUCAAAUACCUCUUCCCAAUGGUCAAACAGACGAUUUGACUUCCAACAAGAAGAUCGUCGUGACUCGAGUCUACGACCAGGACGAUCUUACCAAGGUUGUAUCUGUUGAUGUUACGCCACAAGAUCUUGUUAUGCCCAACGGGGGUAUUAAUUACAAGUCAGGCUUGCUGUUUUGCGCCCAGGGCAACAAAUCGAAUUUUCCACCUAGUGGUCUAGUCUACGUUCCCAACACGGAACCUCCUUAUAGCACCCAAUACUUGAUCUCAUCUUUUCAUGGCAAAGCAUUUAAUUCGGUCAACGAUGUGAUAGUGCAUCGUCGUGAUGGUUCAAUCUGGUUCACGGACCCCUGCUAUGGCUACCAUCAGGGAAUACGGCCUCAACCAGAAUUACCUUGUCAGGUAUACCGAUUUCAUCCCGAUGAGGACAGCAUCCGCGCAAUGGCUGACGAUUUCAUUCGACCGAAUGGACUUUGCUUUUCUCCGGAUCUGAAACAACUGUAUGUGACAGACACAGGAGCUGUUAGUGGUGCUGAGGAUGUACCGUUUGACCAGACAGGUAAGUCCAGUAUUUACGCUUUCGAUAUCCUGGAAACAAAUCACGGACCGUUUCUUGUAAAUCGACGUCUUUUUGCAUUUGUAGCAUCUGGGUGUCCGGAUGGCAUCAAAUGCGACACCAGCGGAAACGUCUACAGUGGCUGCGGUGACGGCGUCAAUAUAUGGAAUCCAGGAGGAGUGCUCAUUGGCAAGAUUCUCAUCGAAGGUGGCGUAGCAAAUUUCUGCUUUGGAGAGACAGGCACACUGUACAUGUGUAACGAGACACGUUUAUGGAAAGCGCAGUUGGGAGAGCAUAUUCGUGGUGCUCUACUCGGUCUCUGA